AAUAAAUAUACCAAGCAGAAAAAGAAAAUAUCACGAAUCUAACCCCACACACUACAGUGCGCACCCACACACAUUCAACCUUCUUCAAAAUCCUAUAUAUACAUAGCUCGAGUAAAGCUAGGUUUGCCAAACCAGAAACCCAAACCCACCUUUAGGGAAAACAAAAGAAAAAGAAAAACGCUUUCUUUUUUUGCUUCUUCUUUCUCUCACUCUUCUCCAAUCUUAAAAAAUGGCGGCACCUUCUAGAAAAUCAAGAACCACUGUACUUCGAUCCCUUUCACCUUCACCAAGAUUCUCCAAUUCAGAACAAUCACCUUCUCAAUAUUCUUCCUCAGCUUUCGCUUCUUCAUCCUCAAGCUUCGCCUCUCGUCCUACAACCUUCUUCCGAGGCUCCACCUCUCCGACACGUGUCAGUCUAUACAGUUCAUCAGCGUCUGUAUCGUCUUCAUCGGUUCGGUUUUCACUGGACCGUUCGAUUUCUCCUAACAGGUCUAUCUCGGCCGUACCUCGAACCGGCGGUAAGAAACAGAGUAGUAGCCAACCGAAGCGAACUUGCAUGUGUUCGCCUACGACGCAUCCUGGUUCGUUCCGGUGUAGUCUUCACAAAGGUUUUACCUCACGCGCCUCCGCGACGCCAUAUUCGCAGAAUCGCCUCAACGCGCGUAGAUCCGCCAUGACGAAUUCGUUAGUGAGAAUUCGCGGCGUUGAAGGAGAUCUCGUGAAGAGAGCGCUUGCGGCGUUGAUUCGGCCUUCAUCGCAUCAGCAGAAAAGGAGAGGAGAUUUUCAUCCAAGACCGAGUAGACUCUCCGUUAUGACUAAAGCUGAAGAUUCAUGAAAUCUCCGUUCAACAGUUAGGUUUCCGGCCACCGCUGAAGGCAGUGCUAGAUCUCGCCGAUUUGCUUCAGAUGAUUAGAUCUAACGGCUUUGCAAGCGAUGUUGAAAAUCAAACGAGAAGAAAUACAAUAUGUUUGGAUGCAAGUGGAGGAGGAUAUGGAUUUGGAUGAAAUAAGAGGAUAAACAAUUUAUUGUUUUUAUGGAUAAUGACUCAUGAUGAUGUUGGAGUUUGGAUGAGAAAUGGAAUGAUGAAUGGCGCUGAACAGUAAAAUGAUAGAAUUUCUAAGGAGAGAACAAUUUUGAUCGGUGAAAAGUGAAAAGCAUACUAAUUAAUUAAUUAAUUAAUUAAUUAAUUUCACAUGAUAAAGGAAUAAAAAUAACUUUUUUAUA